UUUUUUUCCUUAAAGAUUCUUACUUUCUUGACUUUUUCUUGGUUCUUGAUUGAUAAAUUAGAAGACCCUUGUUCUUGUUCUUUCUAUCAUAUUGUUGUGACAAACUUGCAAGAAAGAUUGUAUCUUUUUUACCCAUUAAUGAUUCAAUUUUACCCUUUUGAUUCUUUCUUGGUCUGGCUGUAUAUUUGAGAUGAUUGAUGCAUAAUAUCAGUUGCAAGAAAAAAAAAGAACAAAUUUUGAGAAGGAAAAUUAACUGCCACUGUGUGAUUUUCUGUCUGUUAUAUCACUGUUUGUGUUGCAUCAUAUUCAGCUGAGGGGAAAAAAGGGUAGUACCAUUUUGCUUGUUUGAAUGUCAAAGAAAUUCUUUAGUAAGUUUUUAGUUUGAGUCUAAUAUGUGAAGCAGGAAAUAAGGCAACAGAAAUCUUUUGGCUUCAUUUUCCUUUAACUUGGUUGAGUAAGUUGGUUGUUAGAGUUUGAGCAUAUCUUUGCUGCAUCGCAUUCGUGCUAAUAAAUGGUAGAUAGUGUUAAUAUCUAUGUGGUUAAUUAAUAGACUGAAAUUGUACAUAUAUUGGGGCUAAGCAACCAUUUCCUGAUUCGAAGUUUAGCAUGGACCUUUCAUUGUUUUGGCGAAUGUUUAGGAACGUUAUUGGCUGGAAUAGUGCACUCUGGGUUCUGUUUCAAUAAAUCUCAGUAACAAAGGAAGUUAAUCUUAGUUCCCUUCAUGUUAAAUCUCACUGAAUUUGAUUUUAAGGUCGCAUUAUGAUAUUUAUGGUCUAGAUCUGCGGUAUCCAAUAUUUUAUGCUUCGUGUAUGAUGAAUUCUUAUGGUUGAUGUCUAAGUUGCAGCUCUCUCUGCCACUUUAUUGAAGCUCAUAGAUUUAAUCAUUUUCUUUUUAAUUGAAGAAGUUUACCCGUGGCUGCCUCUCUGGAUGCUCCUGAUCCAGUUUUGGAAAGGGUUCUUAUAGAGGACACUAAAAAUAGUAGCCAAGGCGGGGAGAGGAACUUAGCUCAUCAACCAAUUUUGCUGGAUCAGGUCUCCAAAUCUUUCAGAGGAGAAGUAGUGAACAGGCUGCAAAUAAAAACGACGAAGAUUUGGAAAAUGGGAUGUUGGAGAAAGACAUAGAGAAGUCAGUACGCAGCAAUAAAGGUAUCACAGUACACAACAAGGCCUUGCUAUCUGGAAUCGCUUAUUGUAUUUCUUCCUGUAGCAUGAUAUUAGUGAAUAAGUAUGUACUUUCCAGCUAUGACUUUAAUGCAGGGAUAUCAUUGAUGGUCUAUCAGAAUUUUGUCUCAGUGGUGGUGGUUUCUUCGUUGAGAGUUUUUGGGAUAAUUUCUACUGAACCACUCACUUGGAGGCUAGUCAGAGUCUGGUUGCCUGUUAAUGUUAUAUUUGUUGGGAUGCUUAUAACAAGUAUGUUCAGUCUAAAAUACAUCAACGUUGCUAUGGUCACUGUCCUAAAGAAUGUCACUAAUGUGAUAACUGCUGUUGGUGAGAUGUAUUUAUUCAACAAAACGCACGAUAACAAAGUUUGGACUGCACUUUUUCUGAUGAUUAUUUCAGCAGUUACUGGAGGAAUUACAGAUCUUUCUUUUCAUGCCAUUGGUUAUACAUGGCAGAUUAUUAAUUGUUUCUUGACAGCAUCAUAUUCUUUGACUCUUCGCAGGGUCAUGGACACGGCCAAGCAAGUGACUAAAUCUGGGAACCUUGAUGAAUUCUCCAUGGUCCUGUUAAAUAACACCCUUUCACUGCCUUUGGGCUUUUUGCUUAUAUUAUUAUUCAACGAGGUGGACUACCUUUCUAGAACACCACUGUUACAAUUGCCAGCUUUCUGGUUGGUGACAACCUUUAGUGGAUUGUUGGGCUUAGCAAUUAGCUUCACAUCCAUGUGGUUUCUUCAUCAAACAAGUGCAACUACUUAUAGUCUUGUCGGAUCACUAAAUAAGAUACCUCUCUCUGUUGCUGGUAUUUUCCUUUUCCAUGUUUCAACAAGUCUGGAGAACUCUGCCAGUAUAUUAUUUGGGCUCUUGGCUGGAGUAUUUUUCGCCCGAGCAAAGAUGCAGGAUAAAUCUCAAACUAGAUCAUGAAUGUCAAAACUAACACCCUUUCCUUUGUAAAUUAUGUCUUGUCUUGAAUUGUAGAGCUUGUUGUAUACUAAAAACUAUGACAUGAUCAAUCAAUUCAAGAGAUAGAUCAAGAUUUUUAUUCA